UUCAAAAAAAAAUGUCUCCGCAGCUACCUGUUCCAAGAAAAGAUGCUGUCGUCGCCCAGGUACCAGACAACCGUCGAGGCUGCCGUCGCGUUCAUUGUCCUGCUGGUGUUGGCCGUCACCUGCCACGUCAUGUUCGACUUUGCCCGCACCAAUGGCCUCAUCAUCAUCACGGCUGCCGGCAUCACCAUACAAGCUUUGGUCUUUGUUGACUCUCUUACUAACAUCAUCUGCCUGGAGGUUGGUUCUUUGUUUGUUUUUUUGUUUGUAUGCUUUCCCUUGAUUUAGGUAACCUUGCCCAGCACUUGUUUAAAUGUUGCGAUGUUAGGGUUUCCCUUCUCAUAAUAACUUGUGCUGUAAGGCUCGGAUAAUUCAUGCCUGAAAUGUUUUAUUGGAUAUCAAAUAUGGCUUUUUCAACCAACAGAGGCUCCACAGUUUAAGAAGCCCUUGUUGUUACCAGUGCUACGAAAUCUACUUUAAAUGAGCAUAAAAAAUGUCUUGUAAGUUUAGUCGACAGAUAAUGUAGGGUUUGGGACUCGGCUAAGACUGAGCGGCAUUUUUAUUACCCUAAUCUUUUUAAUAACUCCAUCACUCCAUUUAUCUAGGAGAAAAAGUCCAAGUGUCCUUGCUGGAUGAAGCUGACCCUCAGCUGGUAUUUCCGGAACGCUCUGGGCGUCCUCAUGGCCACCAUCCCGUCUGCCCUGGUCUACGUGAACCUGUCCUGUGAUCUCAUCACCACUGACAACUGGCAUGACCGCUUCUUCUGCUUCGGCGUGGUGGUGGCCCUCCUACAGUACUGCAACUACAGCAUGCUCCGCUCUUUUGCUAAGUCCAUCAUGGCCAUCCUCAUCGGCUCCAUCCUCAUUGUGCUGCUCUUCAUCCACUUCUGCCCCCGGCAGUUCGGUGCGGACCCUACCGUGGCCUACUUGCUCAACGGCACCACCCAGUCUCCGUUCCCCAACACGACCCUCGUCCCGCCCGUCAUCCCUGGAGACCACUUGUUCUCUGGGCAGAACAUCAUGAGGUUUGAGAUUAUUCUCAGCAUCCUGCUGCUCCUGUUCCUCAUCACCAUCCUCAACUACGAGUUUGAGAACUCCUACCGCUUGAGCUUCCACGCCAGUGUCAAGGCUCAGAAGGACAAGGAGAACAUGCAGCUGAACAAGGACCAGGCGGACUGGCUGCUGCACAACAUCAUCCCGGCCCAUCUUGCCGAGCUCUUCAAAACAAACCGCAGCUACUCUCGGAAUCACCAGGAUGUCGGGGUCAUCUUUGCAACCAUCGUCAACUUCAAUGAGUUUUACGACGAGAUGUACGCGGGCGGCCGUGAGUAUCUGAGGGUCCUCAACGAGCUGGUCAGCGACUACGAGGUGAUGCUCAGCGAGCCCCGCUUCAAAGAUGUGGAGAAGAUCAAAACCAUCAGCUCUUCUUUCAUGGCAGCAGCCGGCCUCAACGAGGAGAGCAGAGCCAAGAACAAGGACCCGUACGCCCACCUGUAUGCCCUGAUGGAGUUUGCUAUGGAGCUACAGGUUGUGGUCAACAGCUUUAACGAGAGCAUUUUCAACUUCAACUUCAUACUCAACGUUGGCUACAACUACGGCCCAGUGACCGCAGGGGUCAUCGGCACAACCAAACUGCUUUACGACAUCUGGGGGGACACUGUGAACAUUGCCAGCAGGAUGUACUCCACAGGAGAAGACAAUAGGAUCCAGGUGCCCCAGGCCACCGCAGAGCUGCUCAGCUCAAAGUUUGAGUUCUCCUACAGGGAUGAGAUUGCCGUGAAAGGGAAGGGCAAUAUGAAGACCUACCUCUUGGAACGCAAGAUACCUGGCGCCACCUGGGAGUGA